AUGUAAUUUAAUAUUAUUAAAACUACUCCCUCUCGCUUAGAUAACUCCAGUUUAAAAGCUAAACUAAAUAAACAAUAUGAAUAACAUACUAUUUUAAACUGCGAAACUUACAAAAGCACUCUAAAUAAAUUAUACUAAACAUAAAGUUUAUGCUCACUCAUUAAAGAUAAGAAAUCAUCAAUUUCUAGAUAAGUUUCUUAGAAUAAUCCAUUUUGUAAUGCAAUUCCUAGAAAUAACACUCCUAAAUCCACUAAUCCAUCAUAAUAAGUAAUCAACUUCUUUAUAUAUAAGUAUUACUUUUUUACAAAAUAAAAAGAGUAGAACAAGGUUCAAACAUCUUAAAUUAUCAGUAAAACAUUACAAUAGAGUUAUUCUAAGGCGAGCAAUACCAGUCUUAAUAAAGAUAAUUCCUUCGGCAUUUCCAGUAAAUCUAAUACUGAUAGAAAAUAUAAUUUACUCUCAAUAGAUUAGAACAAAAUUAUACAUAAACCUAAAACAGAAAAAUUUGCAUCAAUGGAUAGGAUCUAAACCAUUAACAAUUAAAUUGUUGAUUAAAAAUAGCCAUUUAAUAUACAAUUAAGUUUAGACGACUUUGUGACUUAAGUGAAGGCCCCUGUGUCUAAUUUUUCUAAAAAAAAUUAAACUAUUUCUCAAUUUAAAUAGGCAAAAUCGUUAUCUCCAAAAAAUAGAAUUUUAUCAAUUUCAAGAAGUAAUUUAUAUUGAUUAUUUUAGAAAAUGUUUACUAUGUGAGUUCUAUGAUUGAAGCUAUUAAGGGAGCUUAUGAUUCUGUAAGUUAAUUAUAUAGAGAUCAUGCUUUAUAAACUUACAAUAGCAUAUGUUUCUGCUUAAAUUAGACAAUACCUGCUGAUAAUAUCAUAUAAAAGAAAUAAAUAGAUUUACCUUAAAAAAAUACAAAAUGUAGAGUUUUUUGAUAUAUUCUAUAGUUCGUAAGAUAGUUGUUUUUGAUCUUGAUGAAACCCUAAUUCACUGCAAUGAAAAUUAAAAUAAUAAAUCAGAAGUCUGUUUGCCAAUUACAUUUCCAUCUGGUGAUACUGUUUAAGCAGGAAUAAAUAUAAGACCAUGGGCUAAAUAAAUACUUAGUCUUUUAUCAGAAGUUUGUGAGGUUGUAGUUUUUACAGCAUCCCAUAAAUGUUAUGCAUCUUAAGUGAUUCAGUUUCUUGAUCAUAAGAGAAUAUUAAGUGCCUAAUUAUUUAGGGAGAGUUGUAUAGUUACAAAUGAUGGAGUUCAUAUAAAAGAUCUUAGAGUACUUGGUAGAGAUAUGAAAGAUAUUGUUUUAAUUGAUAAUGCAGCAUAUAGCUUUGGAUGUCAUAUUGAAAAUGGGAUUCCAAUUAUUCCAUAUUAUGAUAAUAAGGAUGAUAAGGAAUUAAAGUUAUUAUAUGAUUUCUUGAUAUCUGAUGUUCUUCCUGCAUAUGAUUGUAGAAAAGUACUUCAAGAAACAUUCAAGUUAAGAGAAUUCUAAAAUUAUAAUAGUGCUAAAGCUGCAAUUGAAAAAUUAUAUUGUUGA